AGUGGUGGUGGCACGUUCCUAUGAGGAAGUGCUGUCCUGCAGGGUGUGUGAGGAUCUUAGAAGAAGGACCAUUCGUGUGUGGUUGGUGAAAAUAAGCCUCCGCUGCAGGGAUGCAAGAGGAGCAACAGCCUGAGGCUGCUGCAGAUCCAAUGUCCUCCUCUGAUGCACCAGAAGAUGGCCCAAAGGAAACGUCCAGUGUAUCGCAGAAUAUCUCUGAUGCAGAUGCAUUUAAAAUUCUCCUGGAGAUGAAGCUGAAGAAGAGGCAGAAAAAGCCUGCUUUACCAAGCACUGUGACUGAGCUUGACACUGAGGAUGGUUCUAAAGUAUAUGUGGUUGGAACAGCCCACUUCAGUGACAGCAGCAAAAAGGAUGUAGUGAAGACAAUACAAGAAGUGCAGCCUGAUGUAGUUGUGGUGGAACUAUGCCAGUACAGAGUUUCUAUGUUAAAGAUGGAUGAAAAGACAUUACUAAAAGAAGCCAAAGAAAUAAAUUUGGAAAAACUUCAACAAGCUAUAAAGCAGAACGGAGUCAUGUCUGGAUUGAUGCAAAUGCUGCUUCUGAAGGUUUCUGCUCACAUCACAGAACAGCUGGGAAUGGCCCCAGGAGGAGAAUUCAGGGAGGCUUUCAAAGAGGCCAGUAAAGUACCCUUCUGUAAAUUCCAUCUUGGUGACCGACCUAUCCCUGUUACAUUUAAGAGAGCAAUUGCUGCGCUUUCCUUCUGGCAAAAAGUCAAGCUUGGCUGGGGCCUUUGCUUCUUGUCUGACCCAAUCAGUAAAGAUGAUGUGGAGAAAUGCAAACAGAAGGAUUUACUGGAGCAGAUGAUGGCAGAAAUGAUUGGAGAAUUCCCUGAUCUUCAUCGAACGAUUGUCUCGGAACGAGAUAUUUACUUGACAUACAUGCUGAAGCAAGCAGCAAAGCAGAUAGAACUACCUCGAGCUUCAGAAAAUGAGCCUAGAAGGUAUAUCCCAGCUGUUGUAGUUGGUGUUGUUGGCAUGGGUCACGUACCUGGAAUUGAGAAGAACUGGAAUUCUGACUUAAAGAUCCAGGAAAUAAUGAGUGUGCCUCCUCCAUCAACUUCAAAGGAACAGAACAACACCAAGUAACCUAAUCGGCUGCAUCUCUGCCGAAGUUCAGGGACACUUGUCUUGAGUGAUUCUUUGCUUUUUUCUUUGGUAUAAUAAUACCAAGCGGUUGUUUCUGGUGCCAGACACUUUUACACAUAAUUUAGAAGGACAUCUUCUCAAUGUGUGUUUUAUACGUAAAACAUUUAGGCUUUUUUUUUUUAAUUCAAGAGCUUUCCAGGAAUUUCAGAGUUGUACAGGCUGUCAUACGUACACUGCUCAAAAUUUACAAGCCUUACUGAAGAACAGGAACGUUGCCUUUAGAUUGCAUCCCUUGUUACCAUCACCAGUUGAAUUGUCUUUCUCCUGCAUAGAGAAGGAAUAGCCACCCCAUCAGAACACAAUGUGGUUUGUGUCAGAUGUUUACAGGACACUCUGUUCCUUUAGAUUAGCUUAUUUAAACUGUAUUAUUUAGCCAAAUCCUGCUGGAUUCAGUAUUGUAAAUUUAAGAGGCUAGAACUACUGUACAAUUUACUUUUGUCUGUUUCUCUGACCUUUCAUAUUUGGGAUAAGAAAUCUGGAAUUGAUAGUACCUGCCCCUCAUUUUUGAUACAUGAAAAUAUUUUAUUUAUCAAUGUAAUUUCCCAGUGGAUGAAUAUUUUAAUCUAUUUAAUAGGAAAGCAAUGUUCAAUUUAGUUUUUCAAACUAGCUGUAGCAUUUGAUUUGUAUUACCUGCUAUUUAUACAUAGAAUUAUGGGUACUACAGACUGCUGUUAUUUUCUUUUGUAAUUAUCCAGAACAGUCGUCCAUCAUCAAUCUAUUUCUUCCUUUUUUUUUUUUAAUUCUAAUUUCAUAUUUCACAGGAAUUUUUUUGUACCCUCCCUUUAUACAGGAUUGUCAGUGAUUGUAAAGUGCCCUCUGCAAUCAGCUAGUCCCAGUUCAACAAUACAGAUAACAUUGUCAUAUCAAAGUUUUAACCUGAUGUAUUUGAAUGGAAGUCCCAUUUGUUUCUCAGGCUCUUAAACAGUUGCGUAAAGUGAGGUUUUUAUCUGUAUUUUCUUUUGGGAAUGAAAGAUGGGAACCAGUGUGUGAGGCAGGAGGAGGAAAAGGUGAUGUGUUUUCUGUUCCUUUGUUGUUUUCAGUUGGCUCAGUAAAAUCAACAAGCCACUUUAGUGGGAUGUAUUUCCAAAGCCUUGUGCUGGAAAUGGUCCUGUACAGUCUUUUGUUUGCUGAAAGUAUGUACCUGUAUCUUCCGUGCAGUGUUGUCUUUUUUUAAGCUUUUAAAAUUAAGUUAAGGGUCUGAUGCUCCUCUCUGUUGUGGCAUUGACUUUGCUGGGAGCUGGUGUGUCCAUGCAACCUGAUGCUUUUCUGCCUUGACACUUUGAAAAUUUUAUGAGUUCCAGUGCAGCAAAUUAUUGAAGUGCAUGUUUAUCUUUAAACUUACUGAAUCUAACCCAGUCCUGCAGAGCUCUUAAGAUGAUGCUAGGUGCUUUUCUGGGCCUUACAGUUUUGCAGGGAAUAAACCUUUGCAAAUGAGAAUGACAGCAAUUCAUGCUUCUUGGACACAAAGUGUAAAAGAUAAUACAGAAUACAGUGGGGGCAGGUCCUUUUAUUUUCUAUCUAUCUAUCAGUGCUUAAGAAACCACCAGCCAUUUUUUGCAAGAGGAAAAGCAGGAUUUAUAAACCAUUUAUAGAAGAGUAGGGUGACUGCCUGAAUUUUGAUUCCUGUUUUUAAAAAACAUUUAAUGUAUUGUUUACAAUUAAGCAGUCCUAUUUGAAUAAUUAUACUACAUUUUAUGUACAUUUUUAAAAGAAGAAAGCAAAAGCUUAAGCUCACUCUUCUCCUGGCUUUACUGACUUACCAAAAUGUUGUUCUGUUGGUUGUUUUUUUUUAAGAAUAUUUAGCUGGUAGAAUUCAAUAUAUUGAUGUUUUUGCUUUAAGUUAUCUACAGAUUUUUAAAGUAUCUGCAGAUAUUUUAAAACUUCUGUAGAUCUUUGAUAUCUGUGCUCAGGUACUUUUACACGAAGGAAAACAAAUCUAAGGUAAAUUUUAGAUAGGAGCCUUAAACUUGGGUGGGACUAAUGCUAAAUGAUUGUCAUGGAGCAUUCUUGCAGACUUAAUGUUUUAUGCUUUUUAGCCAAAAGUGAUUACCAUCUAAGUUAUCUGUUAUUCUGUUAUUCUUUCCAGUCAUUACCUUUUAGUCUGUUGUUUCAGAUUUUUUCUUUACAAAGCAUAUCAGCAGAUUCUUCAAGGAACCUGUUUGUGGAUGGAGAAUUUGCAGUUUAUCUUCCCACUGUUGCAAAUUGGCAGAUCAUAUGCAUGCACUGUUUACUCAGUGGCACUGGAAAGUGAUGAAUUUGCAGAACUAACAAUUCUAUGAAUCCAUACACAAAUUCUCGAUGUUGUAUAUUCAGUGUGUUGUACUUUUAUAUAACAUAAUCAGUGUUUUAGGUCCAUUCUCUUCUGUUCUAGUCAGUCCUUUCAGUGUUGACAGCAUCCUGUAAAAUUUAAAUAUAUGUUGAAUUGUCCCAGCCCCACCUCAACCUUAUGAAGCCAUAUUGUAUUUUUUUUGGUGACAUGUACAUCUGUUUUAUGCAUUUGUACAUGUGAUGUAAAUUUGAAGUAUUUUUAACAAUGUGUGCCUUUACUCUAAAGUGAUUUAAAGUAAACAGCAGUAUGUUCUAUUAUAUAAAAAAUAAAAUAUUUUAACCACCGUUUCUGUUGAAGGCAUUUGUUUUACUUACUAACCAGUAUUUUAUUGAGAGCAAACACUGAUUAGCUAGAGCUAGUACGGGAUAAUUUCACUAUCUAACACUAUUUUUCUGAAGAACAUUAGUUGAAUUAAUUAACUCCUGCUGAGGGGCAUCUGAUCAUAAUGCUGAAGUAGGGGAACUAGUUUCUUGCCUACCACAUGUAAUGGCUUAAGAGAGGAAAGGAUAGUUUCCCUGCCCUACUGAACACGCAGGGAGACUUGACUGCUCAAUGUGAGUACUUAAAUUCAGAGCCCAGAAUUAAUUAUGGUGAGUUGAUUUUGUUGUUGUUGCUUUUCUUUUAAUGUCUCCAGUGCUCAGUCAUGCAAGGAGAUAUUGGCCUUAGUCCCAGACCAUUAAAGAGCUCCAACAUUGGCCUAAAAUCAGGCACAGUCACUUGUGCUUAAAGUGCUGUUCUCCACGUGGGAAUUAAAGACCCUUUAAGUGCAAAAGAUGUUGAAUGAGUGGCAAAGAGUUUAAUCUUUCAAAUUGAGCCAGGUAAAUCAAUAUGACCAUUUCUAAAAAAAAAUGUAAUAAUACAAAGGCCUUGUAUUCAUACUGAAAGUAUAUAAGCUGUAUUCCAUACAGACAGUGUACAUCUGAAUAGCCCCCUGUUUGUACCCGCUGUCAAUCAGUGGUCCAUACUUCUUUGAUUGUUUGUACAUAAAGCAAAGUGCAGCCCCGUUUUCCUUGAUCAGGCAAAGUUCCCUUUGGUUGCACUGGGAGCUGCGUCUGCAAAGAAGUGCUGGGUAAGCCAUUCAGGUGGAAGGAACAACUUUAAAUCCAGCAGUCAAAGGCUGUCCCUGGGACUGGCAGACAACAGGCUGCACAGCACCUCCGCUCUUGAGCAGUGCUGGGUCAGGCAGCCUGUUUGCCACCUCCAUGCAGCUGGAAGGCAGCUGCCUGCUUUCAGAGUAUCGCUCAGCAGCCUUACAGGCACACUGCUGGCCCAGGUCAUGUUUGAGGUGUCUUUUCUAUACCAAAUACUGAACAAAAUUUAAAAGUUUACUUUCUGAGGUGGAUUAAAAUUUCUGGGCUUUCCACUGGAAGCUGUAUUUUCAUGUGUAUUGUCAAAUAUCUGAAAGGCACUGAGAAAUAUAUCAAGUUAUCUCCAAGUGCCAGGCAGUAGGAACUACACAUGGAAAAGAAACAGCACAUUAUCACUUGUGUAACUCUUAAUAUACUUAUGUACAUAUUUCCCUGUUUCUUUUUAAAACUGAAAUAAACUUUAAUUUUAGACUUGA